AUGUCUUCUCUUGCAACCGUGAUGAAUCGUACGGGGUAUCCCUACAACCAUCCUCAACCCACACCAUCGCCCCGGUUCACAUCUAGCCAUGGAACCAGCAGUGCAUUCAGUGCCAGUGCUCACCCCAACGAAGAUUGGACAAAGAUAUCUGAUUUGGCCGAGCGACGGCGCAUUCAAAAUAGAAUUGCCCAAAGAAACUACCGCAAGAAGCUAAAACGACGUCUUGAGGAUUUGGAACGAAGAGCCACAUCCUCCUCCGCUUCUCCAGAGCAAUCACAUCGAGAACUCAGUCUCCCAACUCAAUCAAAACCCAAGAAAACCAAAUCUCCCGCCGGCCGACCAGCUGCAGCUGAUAAAGCAAAAGCUAGAAAUGUACGCAACACACCAGCAAAGCUGGUGUUACCUGAGCCAAUUUCUUACCAAGACGAGGAGCGCGUCGGAAUGUUCUCAGAUCAAUCGACCAGGCAACUAUCCGCUUCUCCUCCGCUUGCCUUCUCAUCCCAGUACCAGUCUUGUUCCCAAAGCUACAGCUACCCUCACUAUCCUCAAGAAUCGGCAUACCAUUCAACUCCUGUCCCAACCGGGCUCCCUCCACCAAGUUAUUAUGUCCAACCGCUAUCUUCGCACGCACCUCCUUCCCAGGAAUUGGUAUAUUCGGAGGAGGAUCUUCUCACGCCUUUCGGCAUGAAUUAUGCUUCCAUGGCUGGAUUCGACAUUCCAGUCACAACGUCUCCUUAUCAAGAUCCAAACUCCCUUGUAAGUCGGAACUAG